AUGGAAGACGACAUUAAUGACUUUGAGUUUGUCACUGGCAGUACUGCACACCUUACUAUCCCUGAUUCACUUGGUAUUUAUAACAUUAAUCAAGUCGAAUCUUAUAGCGACAAUACCUCUGUAUGUCCUAUCCCACCAGGCUCUCCCGCUUAUUCUUCCUCCAUGGCUAGUUCACCGAGAGAGUAUUCUUCGAAUCUUGUAAACAGUUCCCAAAAUGGCUUUCCGUUUCCUUAUCGUGAUAAUCCUGAAGAGGCUUCAACUACUCAACUGUUAUAUACUUCUUUUGAUGGACCCAUUGACACAAAUAAUGGCAAAUGUCCGAUAGGCAAUGAAGAAGAUAAUGAUUAUCAUUCUCAUUCUAAUACAUCUUCAAAACGAUAUGCAAGAAAAUUAUUGAUUGCUACAGUAAUAUCAUCAUUCUUUUUUUUCUUGGAGCUAUUCGGUGGUUGGAUUGCUGGGAGUUUGGCUCUGCUGAGUGAUUCGUUUCAUUUAUUAAGUGCACACUCGUAUGGCUAUCAUCGCGCUGAAAUUUUGGGUGCUCUUGCUUCAAUUAUUCUCAUAUGGAUUCUUACCGGAUAUUUAUGCCUUGAAGCCUAUGAUCGAAUACAAUACCCAACAGAAGUGGAUGGUCCAACAAUGUGUAUUAUUGCUUCUAUAGGUGUUCUAAUUUCAUCGAUAGUAAUUACAAUUGAUUCAACUAAAUCAUGGGUUGAUCCGUUGUGUACAUUUUUCUUUUCUGCUCUCGUUAUGUUUUCAACGUUUGGAAUAUUGCGAAGUAGCUUAAGAGUUUUAAUGGAGGCUACUCCAUUUCAUAUCGACGCAAAUGCCGUAAGGAGUGACUUAGAGAAUAUCCCUGGUACAACUCUCACUGCUCAUCUUCAGCUUAACCCAUAUGAUCCUGACACUCAAGAAGAACCGUUAAGGCCUACUGAUAUAUUAGCAAAAGCAAGACAUAUGUUGAAAAAAGAAUAUGGUAUCCUCCAGGUGACUAUUCAAGUCGAAUAA